GUCAAGGUUUCCUUUGACCUCUUUGCUUAAAAAACCCUUCUACCGCUAAAACCCUUAUGCCUGGACGCCUCUCUCUCGUGUAUGAACAUUACGGUUAAGCUAUCAAAGUCCUCUCCUUCAAAUCAGAGUUUUAGUUUCAACAGUUUUAAUCAUGACAUUACUGGAAGUGAUAACAAAGGCCUCAGCCAAUCAUGAGCAAUCGAGUUCCCAUAUUGAUCACCCUAUAAUUUUCAAUGCAAAUGAUAUUUUCGUCAACUUGAAGCCCAAACAUGAAAACAUCAGUCCUGCUACACUUGUAAAUCCUGUUUCUGGAUGGGAAAUUUCUCAAACUGAUACCCAACUCAUUGACUCAGGCAAGAAGUUCUAUGCGAACCUUAAGAGAAGGCUCAAAGAUACAAAUAACUUUAACAAGGAUAAAUUUAUUGGAAUUUUGAAUCCAUUUCUUGUUAAAAUUAGUGAGCAUGCUGGGAUUUCAAAUGUGGGUCACAUGUCUAGUAAUGGGUUCACCCGUAUUUUAUUGGAGAAGAUUGGGUUCUUGAUGGGUCGAGAUGUCGCAGGUUUGGUUUUGGAAGCAUGUCUGGAUUUGAAAAUUUGGGAGUUGGUGGAAGUUUUGAUCAUUAAUGUGCUUGUUGAUCAUUUAUGGUAUUCGAAUUUGGUUAUGAAACUUGCGAAAGAGAAGAGGUCAGAUUUGCUUUGUCUUUGUGUUAGAUAUGCUUCAGAUCUUGGAUCAUCUGAGUUACUUUGUAUUUUAAAGUAUUUUCUUUGUCCACCUAAAGAGGCAUACAACAGCAUGGUUAAUGUGAGGAAGGAAUGGGAGAGCCAAGCCUUGCUAGCUAUUGAGAAGGCAACUGAUGAAAAACUUUCUCGGAAGAAAUUGUGUUUGGCAAAGGAGGCUUCAAUUCUACUGAUGGUUGCACAUGAUGGGUUUUCAGUUUCUGAUCUUUGUUUGCAUUAUUUGCUGGGAUCAUCAAAUGUCGACGAAGUGAUACUAUCAUCUGCAAUUAGUAAGUUAAGCGGCAAAGAGAUGAUGAAUUUAAUUCGGUACUUAGGGAAGUGGUUAAAGAAGUUUGUGAGGUUCCCACAGGCACGACCAUGCCCUGAAGCAUCAUAUAUGUUGGGUUUACCUGCUUGUGAUUGGGUUCCUAAGCCUGAAGUGGUUGUGAAAUGUCUUGGCUUGGUGUUGGAUGAGAACUUUUCUUCAUUACUUUUACACCCCGAGUUUCAGGAUGAGCUGAGAUCUAUAGAGGGAGUUGUUAGUUCCCUAACUUUAGAAACAAGAUUCUGUUGUUCGAUAACUAAUGUAGUCAAGAAUUUAGUAGUUGAUGAUGAAAUCGUUCAGAAUUAGGAGCUUUCUCAACACUAGUGUUUGGUUUUUAUUCAGGGAUGUUGCUUUUGCAAAAUUUUGUUUAAUUGAUCUUGUUAGUAGAAUCAUUAUUUAUUUUGGAAUGAAGUGCUGCGAUUUUAAA